AUGUCACGAAAUGCAGUGUCAACCCUGGGUUCGGCUCGUGAUGCAGCAUUCUCGCAAACCGCAGAGCCUGCUGCUCCAGCUGGACGCUCGGUAGGCCCCAAUGCACUGGCGGAAACGGGGCUUGACACUCCGCUAACCUGGACCACGUCUGGGACCUUCAUACCAUAUAAACACGUGGGACCUUCCAGCGCCCUGCGUCGGACUGUGCAAGAGUGGAUGGCUCGCACGCACGCAGGGAUCCGGGUAGCAAAACCUCCCAAGGACUUUGUCAUCCACUCAUGGAUACUGCGUUACGCAAACACUCUGAGAAGCUUCAAUUUUCUUGGAAAUCCUGUCGGAGAACCUGUUUACUCCUUCACCCCUUAUCACCUCCUUACCCCUGCCGAACGUAGAAAAUUACACAAUGCUCCCCAAUACCCAAGAACUUCACCCAUUCCCUCCCUCUACUCGUCAUCAAUCUCGCGCAUGCCUCUCACGUUCUCACAAAAUGCACCAUAUUGUCCAUUCAUUCGUCGCACUUCCCUCGACCCCCCUCUUCCUGAUUCCUCAGUUGUUGAGGACUGUCGUGGGGGAAAGUGUCUUAAAAUUCAGUAUAUCCACCGUGUUGAGACGUUCGUGCAGUCUCAAUUUGACCUCUUCUCGUGGUGGGAUGCGAUCCGGAGCGAUUUUCUCCUAGUCGAACAAUGUGUGCCAAUGCCUCGAACGCGAGAUGGGUUAACUCAAGCUUCUUUUGAGUGGAAGGACAAGCUAAGAUGUCGGGGGAGGAACCUUGAGGAUCUGAUCGACACUGUGGAUCAAGUAUUUACGUUCGCUUACGAAUUGGGUGGUGUUGGUCGAUGGUACUGUCAUCGUCACAUCGAGCGGCUUCUUCGUGGUCACGAUGGUAAUUAUUUUUUGGGCGUGGACGAUGAGCUGGUGGGUGCUGUGUUUGAGCUCCCUUUCCCGGACGACUGCCCAUCGCUGGGUUCAACAAUGGCAAGGCUAUCCCGUCACGGCGUUCCUGUCUUUGGGGUUCAAGUCGUUGGGAGUGGGGCCAGUCUUCAGCGAGAUUUUGUGCCAGGCGGCUGGUCGGAUUCGGAUGUUAACAGUCAUAAGAUGGCAGUUCAGUCCGCAUCGCUUCCAUCUAAGCGGUCGAGGGACAUUGUUUUCAAGCAGCUCGAGUUCAUACCCGUUCGCCCAACACCCUGGAUCAUCAAGCCAGCCCAUGGCUAUCCAGGUUCACCUGACCUCUCCACUCCAGUGGAAUUGGCCCUCGCAGACGCGCUCUAUCCUCCACACAACCCGCUCUACACAGAGGAGGAACUGUGUCGGAAAAUCAAGUCUUUUUUUGGCCAUGGCCUCUUUCCUGUUGUGCCUCCGGCCCGUCUUUCACCCCGUCUUUCACCCCGUCUUUCACCCCGUCCAUCAUCUUCGGUACUUGGCUGUAGAGUAGUGUCUACCACCUGGCAUGAUGGAGCCGGGAGCUCCAGUGAUGACGAAUUCCGUCCUCACUUUGAGCCUCCCCAUCAAGAAAAUGAUGAGGACUCGUCCGAGUAUGAUGAAAGGGUUGAAUCGGCAGCUCGAAAAUUUUCCAGUGACCGACAGAGCGUGCGUGCCGCUGGUCAGCUCUUGCAAGAUGUGCGGGAUGGCGACUCACAUGCCACUGCCAGAUGUCAAGAGAUCUGGGAACGGGGACAUGGGAAAAAGAAGAGGCAACUGUCCGCCCAUGACUACCACAUCGUCAGUAAUUGGCACAAGUACAGGCCUGAUCGGCAAUCUGCCAGAUGCCCUCGAAAGAGGCUAAGAUUGCAGAGUGAUCCUGACGCAAUGGACAUCGAUACAACUGAUCCCAUUGCUUCAAGCCAUCAUGUACUCGCUGCUGGUGUCCCCAUCACAACUCCUCCAUCCCGUUCCCCCCUUGCGUCCAGGUCAUUUCCUCUCCCCGAUCGUUCCUCUCCUGGUGCCGCGAGUAUCGAGACUUCGCGUUCCUUAGGGGCCACGAGCCAUGUUAAUCCUCCCCCAUCUUUGGCACCAACGGUCCCCCUCACAACUCCAUCCCAUUCCCUCCUUACGUCUCCUCUCCCCGAUCGUUCUUCUCUCGGUGCCGUGGGUAUCAAGACUCUAGGGGUAGGGGCCACGUCCCAUGUUAAUUCUCCCCCGUCUUCCACAGUAACGAGUGCCGAGAGACCAAAAAUCUCGUUCCAGGAGUACAAGAAGCGCCGUGAGGCACAGAAAUCCUCUCUCGCACCUACGACUCACUCCCCACCCUUGGGUCGUUCUUCGCCUGAUUCCUCUUCGUCGCUUCGCAAGACAGGAAAUGUUGCAUUGCCAGACUGCGAUGCACCUGUCGUUCCUCUACCAUUCUCGAGGCCAAACGAUGAAAGGCCGGAGGCAUCGGUGCCGCUGAGUGGAGGCAGUCCCCGACACCCCGACACCCCACCUUUGCCAAUCCUUGCAUCACCCACUCAACAACCUGCUGCAUUGCCAAUGGGCCACGGUCCUACCCCUGCUGUAGCUUCGUCGCCGUCCUUGAGCCUAAAUCGUCAGGAGGCAUCAGGCAGCGGCUUCGUUCAAUAUGUCGACACCGCGGUGAUGGAGCCGGAGUGUCUUCCUACGACUGCUCCUGGGCGUCGUGCCACGCCACUGAGUGACCGUGGUGGCGUGGCCGCCCCCUCACAAUCUGUGUCGUCGGCCGUGGUUCCUCUUGGCCACUGGUAUCGCCUCACCGUAGUUGAUGUACAGGAUGCAGAGCUGGCCUGGUUGGAAAAGUGCCACGCCCAAGGAGUUUAUGCAACGCAUCAUUCAAGGAAGGGUGGGCGGCAUGAGCCACCAUCUAUGGAGUUGCUCUUCAAGUGCGUGGAUAAUCGUGAUAAAAUGGCCGAGAAGUUGCGUUCAGAGGGGAAAUCCUGUUCCUCCAACAUCUAUGUGGGCUCGCUCAACAAUCACCACUUCACAUUAGAUUUGCCGUAUGUAGAUGUGGCGUUUACGCGUGAUCACGUUGAUAUCACGGCUCUCAUGGACAUUGCACCUCCGAAGGCCAACAAGAUCAAUCACCUUCACUCGUUCCUCCAGUACGAGAAAUAUCCUCCCCUCGUUCCCUGCUCACCACAACAGCACCCUCCCCCCAAUCAAAGCGAUCGCAUUCAUCCUAUGGAGGGCAUCAUGUUUACGGCCACUUGGCUGCAGUCUAGGGUACAUCAAGAACCUUUUGACAUUGAACUCCAUCGUUUCGAGGUUCUUGUUAGUGCCCAUUCUCUCCAGCCUCGGGGCUUGUCAAAAUUCUCGGUGCCUAUGUGGCCAACGUCGGGCCCUAUGGAUUUCGUGAUUCGCCAUGUUGCAUGUUGGGCUCGUGACGAGAUGAUGAGGAAUGGCGAAACACCAUCUAUCACCCACUCGAGUGCCGAGAUGCUUCAAUACCACCCUAAGGGCAGCAACUGGCAAAUCGUGCUUGAACCGGAUCUUGAUCAGCCUCGCUACAUGAAACAUGUUGCUGAACCAUGGACACAUCUUAUCUGA